CAGUAUUUAGGGAUCUUUCUUUCAGCAGUUAGCAUCUUCUGUAAUGCUAAAUACUUUGAAAAAGUCACUUCAGUUUCCAAAGUUAGUGCCUAGUUUUAAUCUUUUUGAGAUUCCAUUUCCCAACUGUCAAAUGGGGAGAGCAUCAUCACUUUCAGCAGCAGUGUAGUGACGACUACAUAAAGCCCAAAGGAACAUAAAUAAUUCUCCCUUCAGAACAUGGUUUGUGUCCUGGCGCUUAUGUAUUGCCAUAGAAACACAGAAGAAAACAAAGCUGUGUUUCAUCUGAUGUGGAGGGACUGCUGGAAAAAGAACAAAACAAAACAGGUCCAAACCAUGAAUUACGUCGGACAGUUAGCAGGGCAAGUGUUUGUAACUGUGAAGGAGCUCUAUAAGGGACUAAACCCAGCCACGUUGUCGGGAUGUAUAGAUAUAAUCGUUGUACGUCAGCCGGAUGGAAAUCUUCAGUGUUCCCCCUUCCAUGUACGCUUUGGGAAAAUGGGAGUUCUACGUUCUAGGGAGAAAGUGGUUGACAUAGAAAUUAAUGGAGAGGCUGUAGAUUUGCACAUGAAACUAGGAGACAAUGGAGAGGCUUUUUUUGUUCAGGAGAUGGAUAAUGAUAAGGAGGUAAUUCCUUACCAUCUCUCUACAUCCCCUAUUAUAUCUGAGGGAACUGCUUUAAUGGAAGCUCAGCUGAAGAGAAACUCUAUUGACAGGAUAAGAAACCUGGACAACAGUGCAUCCUCACAAGUAUUGCCCCAAACUCAUGGAUCCCAGCCUGGUACUGAAACAUCUCCAGUUUGUAACUCUGUGAAAAAAAGGAGGAAAAAGAGGAGGAAAUCAACUCAUAAAAUAGACAGCUUAAAAAGAGAAGACAAUGGAGACACAUCAGAAGAUGAAGACAUGUUUCCUAUAGAGAUUAGCUCUGAGGAAGAAAAGGAACCAUUGGACAAUUCAAGGAUCCCUGUUCCAGAUGUGUUUGUUGAUGAAGUAUCUGACAUAAAGGCUCCUGUAGUUUCUACAUAUUCUCAGUCUUCAUCUUAUCCUCAUUCAGAUGGAGAAUGGUCUCCUCUUCAAAGCCCAUCAGGUUCACGCCCUUCUACUCCUAAAAGUGAUUCAGAAUUAGUCAGUAAACCCACGGACAGGAGCGGACUGAAGAAUAAUCCACACAUGCACUGGGCCUGGGGAGAGCUACCCCAAGCUACAAAGACCAGUUCCCUGAUCAAAGCUAAGGAACCCAGCAUGGUAGAUGUAAAUCCUUCCGAAAGCACUCACUUUCGGGUCAUCCAGAGUGCUCCUGUGGAGGAGUUUAACACCGUGUCUCCUCUACCUGCCCUUGGACAAGCAGAUGCAGCAACCGCUCAUGAAACUGAGCCCUUGCCAGCUGAGACAAACAAGCCAGAGACAGAGUCUGCAGGAGCAGCUGUAGCACCGUUGCCUGCCAAUGAAGAAAUAAAACAAGCUGCAGCUUGCUCAGCCCAAGCAGUUGACAAGACAGAUUCCCCUACCAGAAAGAAAGACAAACGAAGCCGGCAUCUUGGUGCUGAUGGUGUCUAUUUAGAUGACCUCACUGACAUGGAUCCAGAAGUUGCUGCACUUUAUUUCCCCAAAAAUGGGGAUAAUGUACAAAACAAGAACACAAAUGACACAGGGCCGUGGUCUGCCAGUCAGUCUCCGCAGUCUUUUGGGAGUUCAGGUGUUGACAGUGGUGUUGAAAGCACCUCAGAUGGAAUCAGGGAUUUGCCCUCCAUUGCCAUUUCUCUUUGUGGAGGCCUUACUGACAACAAAGAAAUAACCAAAGAAGAGUUCUUAGAACAUGCAGUAACAUAUCAGCAGUUUGUGGACAAUCCUGCUAUCAUUGAUGACCCUAACCUCGUGGUUAAGAUUGGAAAUAAGUACUACAACUGGACAACAGCUGGUCCCCUUCUGCUGGCAAUGCAGGCAUUCCAGAAACCUUUGCCAAAGUAUUCAUGCUUAAGUUACUUCAAAGCAGUGCUGGAUACCAUUAGAUUUUGCUUUAGUAGAAUUUACGGUUCACAGACAGCCACUGUGGAAUCUAUCAUGAGGGACAAGAUGCCCAAAAAAGGUGGAAGGUGGUGGUUUUCCUGGCGAGGGAGAAACAGCACUAUUAAAGAGGAAACAAAGGCAGAGCAAGGUAUGAGUGGGAGUAGACUUACAGGAGAAGAAUCUUCACAGAUGAGCAUGGCAAACAGAAUAAAAGAUGAAUCUUCUUCAAGCGAUGAAGACCCUAGAGCUGCCAAACAAAACCUUGGGUCAUUACAAACCAACUCGAGUCAUCUCUCAUUAUUGUCUGGAAUCAGUUACAAAAAAACCCUUCGACUCACUUCUGACCAGCUUAAAAGCUUAAAGCUCAAGAAUGGCCCCAAUGAUGUGACCUUUAGUGUUACAACACAAUAUCAAGGCACUUGCCGCUGUGAAGGCACCAUUUACCUAUGGAAUUGGGAUGAUAAAGUUAUUAUUUCUGACAUUGAUGGAACAAUCACACGGUCAGAUACUUUAGGUCAUAUUUUGCCUACUCUUGGCAAAGACUGGACACACCAAGGGAUUGCAAAGUUGUACCAUAAAGUGAGCCAAAAUGGAUAUAAAUUUUUGUAUUGCUCAGCACGUGCUAUUGGAAUGGCGGACAUGACCAGAGGAUACUUGCACUGGGUCAAUGAACGAGGAACUGUGCUGCCUCAAGGGCCAGUGCUGCUGAGUCCAAGCAGCUUAUUCUCAGCUUUGCACAGGGAAGUGAUAGAAAAGAAGCCAGAAAAAUUCAAAGUUCAGUGUCUGACAGACAUAAAAAAUUUGUUUUAUCCUAACACAGAACCCUUUUAUGCUGCUUUUGGAAACAGACCUGCUGAUGUUUAUUCAUACAAACAAGUGGGGGUUUCUUUAAACCGAAUAUUUACAGUUAACCCUAAAGGAGAACUUAUACAAGAGCAUGCAAAGACAAACAUCUCAUCCUAUGUCAGACUAUGUGAAGUGGUAGAUCACAUUUUCCCUUUGCUGAAAAGAAGCCAUUCUUCAGACUUUCCUUGUUCUGAUACCUACAGUCAGUUCACCUACUGGAGAGAACCUCUACCACCUUUUGAAACUCAGGAUGUACAUCCAGCCUCAUCUUAACCACAUCUCCGAACCGUCAGCCUUAGAUCAAAGAAUGAGUUAGCUUGUAUUGCAAGGACUUCACUUGGCUUUUGCUGUUGGCAGUUCAGCUGGAAUCUGUGAUGUGAGCAUUGUAUUCCUUUGCUGUGAGCAAACUUAGAAAUGCUUCUUCGUACUUAGUCACGUUUCCAGAUGACAAGAGUGAGUCGUACUAGGAAUGGGAAUUACAUUCCUAAUGUUCCUUCAUCCAGCAACUCAAAUCGUGCCAUACAGUUUCAUUGCUUAAAGUCAAAUAAAAGUGCAGUGAUGACAGAAUUGCAGUUAAACAUGUCAUAAGGUCAUAAAGUGGUUCUGUAUCUUUCUUGCAUUACUGAAGAUGUCUUUCAUCUCAGAAACUCCUGCAAGUUAGGGAGCUGAAGGUGCUCCAUUCCUGACAUCAUUUUGUGAUACGUGUUGCUGUCCAUAUGUCAAAAUUCCAUCCUCUGAAAGAGCAAAUGAUUGAGUAGGGUGGUUGGACCAGAUGACCUCCAGUGGUGCCUUCCAACCUUAACCAUUCUGAUUCCUCUUUCCUCCUUGCUUGACCAUCUGGUGUUUGUUUAACGGUUCAUUACUGGUCUAGGUCCUCAGCUGUUGUAAAUUGGUGUAGCCAUCAAAGACGAUGGAGUGUGUUGAUUUAUUUCAACCUGUUGUUUUGACCUGCUAACGCUUUUUUUUUUUUGUGUGUGUGUGUGGAAAUGAUGUGCAAUGUAAAUGGGAAGUAAAUUAAAUAAGAUGGCCAGAUUCUGCCAGUCUUCUUCAAGUUGAGGAGUACCAUGUUUUAGAACAGCUAUUUGGGUUAAGAUAUGUGUGAAAGUGUAAGAUACAGACUGCUGUAUGUAGUGCCCAUCUUACUGAAGUCAGUGGUUUGACUCCGGUGAUUUUUCAGUAAAAACAUCUUACUAAGCAGAUAUGCUGAGUUUCAAUAUCAUUGCUGAGCCAAGAAAACUAAAGAUUUUGUCAAAAUGGAAUAGUUUUAUUUAAAAUGUUAUUUUUGGCUUAAGUGUGAACUUUGAUGCUGGUGAGUGAUGCAUCUCAGGUUAUUACUGAAUGGAUUUUUUGUUUGUUUGUUGUUUUUUGUAUCAUAAAGAAUGGAUGCUUUUAGUGUGAUUUACUGUGCUCCAAGAAAACAAAAUCUCCUCUUUCAUCUUUUUUUUCCCCCCUCUCAUUUGUUCAGACACAAGCUGUAGGUACUGUUUUUGCUACUUGCUCUCAACUGCCUUAAGAUUUAACUGUGCAUCAUAGAAGCAAUACUGCAGAUCAGUUGAUGAUAUUUUCCAAAUGAUCUGCCUUUACACAAUGCGGUACUUUUAAAUGUAUGCAUCAGAUGACCAUAUGCCAAAUAAUCCUCAAAUGAGCUGGUAGCUAAGAAGGUGAUUUUUUUCUCCUCAUUUUAAAAUGCAUUUAAAAGUUGAAUUGUUCUCUGAAAUAUUGAAAAUGGCAUAAUGGGAUUCCAUGUAUAUAGUAUUUCAGUAUGGCUAAAACAGUGGUUCAUAAGCUGUGAUCUCUGCCAACUUGUGAUCUGUGAGGCUAUGAUACAUGUUUUGCAUCUGCUUUGCAGUGUUUUCAGUUAAGAGUUUAAUAAUAGAAAGGCAGAGUGGUCCAGGAGAAAUUUUAAGAUGUGAUUGUGGUUGGUUAGCACCCAAAGGUUUGGGAGCAGCUGCUCUGCAUCACAUUUGUUCUGUUUCAACAAAUUCUGGUUUUGCAUCUCAAAAGAGUGAUAACAACAUAGGUGGGAUGGUAAUUCUGUAACAGGGAUUUUUAACUUCUUGUGCUGCAGACUUUAUCUGAGAUGUCAGGGGGCCAAUUUAUGAUUUCCCUGUGCCUUCAAUAGUAAUUAAUAAGUGCAAUCCUUUAUACAGCUGUAAUGUGCAUAGCUGCAAUGUGCAGUGGUGAGCGCUUCCUAAGUCUUCCUUUUCACAUGAAUGUUGCUGGCUCAGGCAAGGUACACGUCCGUUUCGGAGAUACUGGAAUUAGUAGACAAACACAAAGAGGAAGAAAUGUGUAUUCAAUGCCCCAGACUGAUUAUGCUGUCUUGAAAGUUUAAAGAAAAUGCAAAAUGUCAGAAAAUCCGUACCAUAUCUCUUAAAUCUGUCAGACAAUCAGUGAGGAUCUCAGGUUGCCAAACCGAGAUGGUUGCAUCUCUAAAUAUAGCCACACUUUAAGUAUCCAUUCAUACUUGUCGCUAAUGACUGAAUUAAUGGAUGAAUGUACCAACUGAAUCCUGUGUGAUUGUUUUUGUAAAGGUCUGCUUCAGUCCAUUAUGCAAAUUAAAACCAAAUCAGCCCUUCUCUUCAGUUAGAGACCAUCAGGUUUUUUAUUUUUCACAGUAGUUGAGAUCGGCUUUCCUGAGGUACCGCAUGCAGUAGCUUUCACCAGGAAAAGAAAGGUCCCAGAGAGUUCUCUGAAAUUAAAGCCUAAAGCCUGUGUGUAUUUAUUUAUGACUUAAUAAAUAGCCUGUCCAGGGCUGUUACUGCCAUUAAUAUUUCAACCCAAAUGAUGGUGUGAAUGAGUGGUCAUUUAAUUCCCUCAGAUUUGCAAGUGUAGUGCCAUGCUAGUGCAGAUAGCCCUGCGAUGCUGUGGAAUCCCCGUUCUGGAGUUUUCCAAGACUCAGUUAAACAGAGCUGUGGCUGACUUGGCUCUCAUGUUGUCUAUCAUCUGCUGUGAGCAUGAAGUUGGACUAGCUGACCCUCCAGGGGUCCCUUCUGACCAACAUUGCUAUGACUGUGAAGCUAACGCCGUACUUCUGACAUACGGUAUAACCCUUUGUAUCUGAAAGUUUAAAUAUAGCCAGAAAGUGAAACAAAUGUGUGUUUAUAUAACUCAUGUUUAUCAAACCUGCUCACAGAAAAGACAGUUAAGAAAAUCCCAGUUUUGACCUGCUAGAAACAUUGCCAUACUUUUAAAGGGAGUUUAAGAUACUUUUUUGUUUUGGUAGCUGAGCAAUUUUAUGCAUAAUAUUUAAACUGCUGUGUUAAUUCCUAACAAAGAAAAAAAGGACGGUUUAACAAAUUCCUACUCUUUCUGUGAAAGAAAAAAACUUUCUCAACUUUCCUUUCAGUGUAAUGCUGGUUUCUGUUACAGAAAGAAUAUUUGGCUAGCAUAAGUAUGCAGAGACAUUAAAUCACUGUAUAUUCUAUUUAUAUGGUACACAUAAACUAGACUAUGCAGCAGCGAGGAGUGACUGAUGUUUAUUUUCAUGAAGCUGAUGACCAUACCCCUCCAGCUGUGUCGUGUGAGGGACAGGAUACCAUGAUUGUUGCAUUAGUUGUGUUACAGAUAAAAUGUUACUGCUGUAAUAUAGGGAGGGAGGAGAAAGAGUAUUGGGUAUUUUUAUUUGUAGAUAUGGAUUAUUAUUUCAAAGACUAUUUAUAUACAGUAUUUACUCUGUAUAUGUAUGUGCUACUGGAAUGAUGAAAAUCAUUUUAACACCUCAUUUUGAUCUGCUGAAUGCAAUGAUGAUAGAACUAUAUAUUGUAAUAAAGGCAAGUGUAAAUUUC